AUGUGCUGGGCUUCUGGGUACCAUGUGCUUCUGACGACUGAGAAGGCGUCACACGGUGCUACUCCUUAUAGGAUGCCCAGGGCUCUCUCCAGUCUUCACUUCUCUUCUCAGUUCACGGAAAACCCCUUCUUAACUUCUACUCCUCCCUCUCUCUUUCCACUUACUUACCUUCUCUCUCUGUCUCUUCAGCUGCAUCACCUAGAAGUAAAGCUGGAUCAGUUGAGGACAAUUGGUAGGGAGCUCGCCAGGGGCUCCCAGGGCGGGUUCGGGCAGUCCAAGGAGUUCCUUGAUUUGAUCAAGUCCAUUGGUGAAGCUCGAUCCAAGGCCGAGGAAGACAGAAUAGUCCUUCAUGAGAUCGAAACCCUCAAGCAUCGUAUAAUUGAGCCUGACAUUCCCAAGCGCAAGAUGAAAGAAUAUAUCAUUCGCCUUGUCUAUGUGGAGAUGCUGGGUCAUGAUGCCUCCUUCGGCUACAUCCACGCUGUUAAGAUGACCCAUGACGAUAAUCUACUUCUUAAACGAACUGGGUAUUUGGCUGUGACUCUUUUCUUGAAUGAAGACCACGAUUUGAUCAUCCUCAUAGUCAAUACAAUCCAGAAGGACCUCAAGUCUGACAAUUAUUUGGUCAUCUGUGCUGCCCUCAAUGCUGUUUGUAAAUUGAUCAAUGAAGAAACUAUCCCAGCUGUGCUGCCGCAGGUGAUCGAGCUGUUGGGUCAUUCCAAAGAGGCCGUCAGGAAGAAGGCUAUCAUGGCCCUUCAUCGUUUCUACCAGAAAUCGGCUCCUUCCGUCUCCCAUUUGGUCUCUAACUUUCGCAAGAGACUGGGUGAUAACGAUCCAGGGGUAAUGGGUGCUGCGUUGUGCCCUCUUGUUGAUCUUAUAACGACCGACGUUCAUUCUUACAAGGACCUUGUCAUCAGUUUUGUCAACAUUCUUAAACAAGUAGCUGAACGCAGAUUGCCAAAGAGCUAUGAUUAUCAUCAUAUCCCCGCUCCAUUCAUUCAGAUUAGGUUACUGAGAAUCCUGGCACUGUUGGGAAGUGGUGACAAACAAGCUAGUGAAAACAUGUAUACUAUUAUUGGUGAUAUAAUCAGCAAGAGCGAUUCAUCAAAUAAUUUGGGGAAUGCUAUUCUUUAUGAGUGCAUCUGCUGCGUCUCUUCAAUAUAUCCCAAUCCCAAGCUAUUAGCUGUUGCUGCAGAUGUUAUUGCAAAAUUUUUGAAGAGCGACAGUCAUAAUCUCAAAUACUUGGGCAUUGAUGCUCUUGGUCGGCUAAUAAAAUCAAGUCCGCGUAUUGCAGAACAACACCAACUGGCUGUCAUUGACUGCUUAGAGGACCCUGAUGAUACUCUGAAGCGAAAAACAUUUGAACUGUUAUACAAAAUGACAAAGUCCUCCAAUGUGGAAGUUAUUGUUGAACGCAUGAUUGAUUACAUGAUUAGUAUAAGUGAUUCUCAUUAUAAAACCUACAUAGCAUCACGGUGUGUUGAGCUUGCUGAGCAAUUUGCUCCAACUAAUCAUUGGUUUAUACAGGCCAUGAAUAAAGUUUUUGAGCAUGCUGGAGAUCUUGUGAAUGUCAAGGUGGCACACAAUUUAAUGCGGUUGAUUGCAGAAGGUUUUGGGGAGGAUGCUGCUGGUACAGAUAGUCAAUUGAGAUCAUCAGCUGUUGAGUCAUAUUUGCGCAUCAUUGGAGAGCCAAAGCUUCCAUCAAUGUUUCUUCAAGUCAUUUGUUGGGUUCUGGGUGAGUAUGGCACAGCUGAUGGAAAGUAUUCUGCUUCCUAUAUCGCUGGAAAGUUAUGUGACAUGGCAGAGGCAUAUUCUAAUGAUGAAACUGUUAAGGCAUAUGCAAUUUCAGCGUUGAUCAAAGUUUAUGCAUUUGAAAUAGCAGCAGGAAAGAAAUUGGAUUUGCUCCCUGAGUGCCAAUCUUUUGUUGAAGAAUUACUAGUGUCCCAUUCUACAGAUCUACAGCAACGUGCCUAUGAAUUGCAAGCUUUUGUUCUUUUGGAAGCACAUGCUAUUGAAACAAUAAUGCCACGAGAUUCAAGCUGUGAAGACAUUAAGGUUGACAAGAACCUUUCAUUUCUCAAUAUAUAUGUCCAGCAGUCUCUAGAAAGGGGGGCUCAGCCCUAUAUUCCUGAGGAUGUGCGCUCUGGAAUGGGGAACAUGGGCAACUUCAAAUGCCAAGAACAGAAUGUAUCUUCACAGCAUGCUCUGAGAUUUGAGGCAUAUGAACUUACAAAACCUACAAUGCCAUCAACAGUUACUCCAGUUUCCCUUGCAGCUUCAACUAACCUUGUUCCAGUUCCUGAGGUAUUGUAUUCUAGGGAGACCCACCAGAUUCCAUCAGGGGCAUCAGCGUCAGAGGCAGGACAAUCAGAACUUAAGCUACGUCUUGAUGGUGUUCAGAGGAAGUGGGGUAGGCCAACUUCAUCUUCAAUAUCAUCCAUGUCUGAUUCUAGUUCCCAGGUAGCUUUGAAUGGGGUGAAACAGGUGGAUGGUGCAAGUGCUGGAAACUCAAAAACACAUGAUAAUUAUGAUUUGAGGAAGACACAGGUUGAAAUAUCUCCAGAAAAACAGAAGCUUGCUGCCUCAUUAUUUGGUGGUUCAACAAAACCUGAGAAAAGACCAUCAGCCAGCCAAAAGGUUCCAAAGGCGCGUAAUGCUGCAGAAAGAUCUCAGGAAUCAAAAGCUGCAGCCGAUCAGGCUCCUCCUACUCCUGAUUUGCUUGACCUGGGUGAACCAACUGUCACUACUGCUCCUCCCUAUGUGGACCCAUUCAAGCAAUUGGAAGGACUUACUGACCUGAGCCUAAGCUCAACUAGUUGCAGUGCAGAUGCUGCUUCAAAACCCCCUGAUAUUAUGUCAAUCUAUGAGGAGACAACUACAAGUGGACAGAGUGACAGUGGUGGCUAUUCUUUUCCUGUGAGUGUUGCUGAUGUAAAUCUCCUAUCUGAGUGGUCAAAUGUUGAGGUCAGAGCUACUCCUGGAGAAACAGUUGUGGCGUCCUCAUUACAACAUGGAAAGGGCUCAAACCCUACAGAUUCUUUGGAGAAGGAUGCGUUAGUGAGGCAGAUGGGCGUUACUCCAUCAAGUCAGAACCCCAACUUGUUCCGAGACUUGAUCGGCUAACCUUGUUAGAAAGGCAGUUUUAAUUCAUAGCUUGGGGACUGGGGAUAGAUUGCUUUGCGACUUGCUAGUUGUGGAGUUUUUCCAGAAACAAUUGUCUGCUAUGAACAAUUGAAUACCAAAAAAAAAAAGUGCUCAGACAUGACUGAUCACAGAGACCUGAAAAUGGGGCCAUUCAACUACAACUUGCACGAAUGAAAUGUGAUGGCAUAAUCCGCUCAGUUGUAGACCAGCCAAUGGACGUGAGGUUUCCCUCGUUACAGCCAGGUUUUUUCCCACUCUGGACUCCGAAGGAAAACCUCACAGGAGUCAUUGUUGUUAAUACAGAAGUGUAAUUUCCAUUUAUUUCCGUUUUCAAAGCUUUGUGCAUUUUUCUAUCCAUGUCCAGACAAGUUUUCCAAUGCUGCAGUCAAUAUCAGUUUGAUGUUUGUAAAUUGUAUUCUGAUAACUUUACCGAGAUAAUGAGGGUGAGUUCCCAUGUUUCUUCAAGUCAAAUCCUCGAUUGGCUGCGCUGCAUUUCUUCUCUUGCAUGCGGGAAUUGAAUUAAUCUGAGAAUGGCAUAUGAAGGCGCUACUUAGUAAAAAUGUUAAAGCUCCAUGCAUUUGGAAGCAGAAAGUCAGUGUAUCCAAUCGAGCUUGUGUGCUUGUCUUGGUUCUGAUUUCAAUACAGUAUAGAUCAUAUAUUUGGCUUCUAACUUCUUCA